AUGUCCGAAAAACAAAUAAUAAUCGAGGAAAAAAUAUAAACCGGAAAUGGCGAAACUUAAAGUUAAACAUAUAUAAAAGAUCGUUUUUUAGGAAAAGGAGGUUUUGCAAAAUGUUAUGAAUUUACAAACAUAGAAACUAAAAAAAUUUACGCGGCAAAAAUAAUAACAAAAAGUACACUUAAAAAAUCCCGUUCUCGCCAAAAACUAAUAUCUGAAAUAAAAAUACAUAAAAGUUUAAAACAUUAAUAUAUAGUAUUAUUUGAACAUGUAUUUGAAGAUAACGAAAACGUGUAUAUAUUAUUAGAAAUAUGUACAAAUAAUACUCUAAACGAAUUAAUUAAAAACCGUAAAAGAUUAACUGAAUUAGAAGUUUAAUGUUAUAUUUUACAAAUAAUAUCUGCACUUAUAUAUUUACAUAAAAAUUAAAUAAUACAUAGAGAUUUAAAACUUGGAAAUCUAUUUUUAAGCGAAAAACUAGAAAUUAAAAUAGGUGAUUUUGGACUUGCAACAAAAUUAAAAUUUUUAAACGAAAAAAAAAAUACAAUUUGUGGAACACCAAAUUAUAUAGCCCCCGAAAUUCUAGAAGGAAAUAUUGGACAUUCUUUUGAAGUAGAUAUAUGGUCUUUAGGCGUUAUUAUUUAUACAUUAAUAAUUGGAAAACCACCAUAUGAAACUCCUGAUGUCAAAAGUACAUAUAAAAGAAUUAAAUAAAAUAAAUAUUCAUUUCCUGAAAGCGUUCCUAUUUCUGAUGCGGCUAAAAAUUUAAUUAAAUCAAUUCUUUAAUUACAACCUUUUUAGAGGCCUACAUUAAAUUAAAUUUUAGAACAUCCUUUUAUUAGUAAUAAUAUAGGAAAUAUUCCUAAGACUUUGCCUUUAUAAACUUUAACUUGUCCUCCUUCUGCUUCUUUUACAAAAUAAUAUCUGCCAUAAGGAAAUUCAUUAAAAAUUUUAUAAUAACCUUUUCGUAUUUUAGAAAAUAAUAAAGAAAAAAGAGUUCAAAGUAUAUAAAAUUUAAAUGUUAUUUUAACUGAUAAAAUUAAUUUUUAGAAUUAAAAAAUUGAAAAAAAUAAUAAUUUAGAAAAAAAUAUUAAUUAAGAAUAAAAUAAUUUCAUAUAUGAAUAAAAAAAACCUUAUACUGCAAAAAAUUAAAAUUCUAAUAAUAAUUUAUUUUUUAUAUCAACAAAUAAUAAUAAAAAUAUUAAUAAUUCUUAAAAUAACAUUUAAUUGCCUAAAAAUAAUUAUGGAUUUUAAAAUUUAGAAAUCAAUAUGAUUUCUGUCACUUAAUGGAUAGACUAUUCUGAUAAAUAUGGAAUUGGAUAUGUUUUAAGUAAUGGAAACACAGGUGUUUAUUUUAAUGAUUCUACAAAAAUUAUAUAUGAUUUAAAUACUAAUAUUGUAUAAUAUAUGGAAAAAAAUAAAAAUUCAUAAGAAAAUUCCGAAAAAUAAUUCUUUAUGGAACAAAAUCCGCCUGAAUUGAAAAAAAAAGUUAAUAUAUUAUAAAUUUUUAGGAAUCAUUUAAAGGAAAAAAUACUCUAAAAUGCAAAUUUAAGUUUAGAAAACAUAAAUACAUUGCCUCUUUAAAAAAAAAAAUAAGAUUUUAUUUUUGUAAAAAAAUGGAUGAAAACAAAGUAUGCAAUACUUUUUAGACUCUCAAAUAAAAUCGUUUAGGUAUGUUUUUUCGAUAAAAGUGAAAUUUUGUUAUAAUGUAUAACUAAAAUUGUUACUUUUAUAGAUAAACUUGGAAACAAAUUUAAUUAUCCAUUAUGUACUGCUAUGGAAAAUUAAAAUUUGGAUAUGCAGAAAAGACUUAAAUAUACAAAAUAUAUAUUAUGUUCAAUUGUUAAUAAAAAAAAAGUUAAUUCAAGUUAAUAAAAAGAUAAUGAUUAUUAUGAUAUAUGA